UACUCACAAGUUUGUUUAUUAAAAUUUGUUACCGUAGUUGUUUUUUUACUCAGUAGUUCAGUACAUAGUUCCUUCCGUCCGCAGCGAAUUACGAAACUGUGCAGUGUGCAGUAAUUAUUAAUAAACAAAUAUUGAAACUUGAAACAACAACUGUUGAACUUAAAUCAAUCUCUAAUAAUUACCACAAAUUUUUUACUAAUUAGAUUUUGAUCCUAAGCUCGGCCAAUGAACUUAUAUUAAUUCGUGUGUUAAUUAUAAUUAUUCUACAAAAUGAAAAAAUGGUGGAACUGGGUACUCGGUUUUGCUUUGAUUUGUUUAUUAUUCGUAGCUGUUCCUCUUACGUUGUCCAAUCAAAAAGGCAAAGAAGAGUUAAAGCCGAUGUUUGAUGAAUAUAUUCAAAAGUAUAAUAAAAGUUACAAAAAUAAACCCGAUGAAUACGCAGUGAGAUUUGAACAUUUUGUGGCAUCUGUGCGCGAAAUUGAAGAACUAAAUGCGGCUGCGCGUGGCCCUGAGGAGCACAGAGCCAGAUAUGGUUUAACCAGAAUCUCGGAUAUGUCCAAGCUCGAAUACAAAGAGAUUCACUUAUCAGAUGAGAGACUUAAGAAAUCACCUCAUUUGUAUGGCAAGAGUUGGAGCAAGUUCAGAGAUCAGAAACCUGAAAAUACUGUUGGAAAUGAUGAUAAUGAUACACCCCACAGCAGCCACCAGAGAAAUAGAACGCCAUGUGCAAAUGAACCUCAUAAUAAUGUUUAUGUAAUAAUUAGGAAAAAACGUGCUACUCUUCCAUUGAAGGUCGAUUGGAGAACGAAAGGAGUUAUAGGACCUGUAAGAGACCAGGGUCUAUGUGGGGCGUGCUGGGCGUUCAGUACAGUUGGCACUAUCGAGUCUAUGCAAGCCAUCAAGACUGGCACUCUAAUGCCACUCAGUGUGCAGGAAGUGAUUGACUGCGCCGGUCUAGGCAACAGCGGAUGCGCGGGCGGCGACAUUUGUCUUUUACUAGACUGGUUGACCAUAACCAACACGGCUAUACAGCACGAGAAAGAUUACCCGCUCCGACUCAUGAGUGGCGCUUGCAAGGCCACUAAGAACGCGACCGGCGUGCGAAUAUCCACUUUUACUUGUGACGAUUUCGUCGGUGCAGAGGAGAAGAUAUUGGAAGCGUUGGCCACACACGGCCCGGUCACGGUCGCUGUCAACGCCCUAACUUGGCAGAAUUAUCUCGGCGGAGUCAUACAGUAUCAUUGCAGCGGUGCACCGGCUGACUUGAAUCACGCGGUCCAACUUGUUGGCUACGAUUUGACGGCCGAAGUGCCUUACUACAUCGCCAAGAACUCGUGGGGUGCCGACUACGGAAACGGUGGCUAUCUGAUGUUGGCCGUGGGCACCAACAUUUGUGGUCUGGCCAACGAAGUCGCGACCGUAGACGUUCUAUAAAAUAGUUUUCAUUACAUAAAGGAAUUCGAACAAUUGGGACCAUUUUUUUAGGUAAUAAUUUAAUAGUUUUUGUUGUAAUAGUAAUUUGUAAACGUCGUUCUCUCUAUAACAAAUAAGGAUACUCAUUUUGUAUAAUUAAGUCUGUCAUGACUUGUAAAAUUAUGUAAUAGUUUUAGCGUAGGAGAGAAAUUAAUGCUCUACUUCCAGCUAAUUGGGUUUCCAUUUGCCGAUAUCUGUAUUGUGAUCUAUGAUAAGUUGUGACGUAUGUUGACGUUGACAUAUUUGACAUUUAUUAACAGAUACCGCAGAUUUAAAUAUAAAUGAGGCAAUUAGUUAUUUUUGUUAACCAUUUUCGAAUACCAUGUUAGUUUUAAUAAUAUGGGUGAUUGUUAUGUUUAAAGAUCUUUGUAAUCGCUAGAUCUAGGGACCGCCUUUAGAUCGAUUACAGAGUAUAAAAGCUAAAAUAUUAAAGUCUAAAAAUUAAGACAAUAAAUACUCCGUCCUAAUCUAUGUAUGUAUUUUUAAUGUUAAGAUUUAUUUGUUGAUAUUACAUAUAUUUUACAAAUGUUCACGGGGCGUAGGGUAAUCAUUUCUAAAGCUCAAUACGAAUGUACUAACAUGACGAUUGUAAUUAGUUUGCCAAGUUGAGAGUAAAUACUAGUCUAACAAGUUCAGAUUUCGUCAAUCAGCUUACUGAAACGGAGGCAGCUAGCUCCCCGCAUCGCACUAGGUCGUGAACCCGCGUGUCUGGAUAUUUUUGUAUUGUUAAAUUUUUACUGAAAAAAAAUCACAAACAUUUUCGGGACUCGAUUAUUAAUAAUUAGUUUCAAGUAUUUCAAAUUUUUUAAUAUCAAUUACACAGUGCAUUUCUAUUAUGCAUUACAUAAACACAUAUGUUGAUAAGGCUUAUUUUUGUAAAAUUUACUUUAAAUUUUGUUAAGUUGUUUUUCCAAAUCGUACCUUACUAAACUGUUUAUGUCAUGUAUUAUGUUGCCAUAAUAUGAAUAAUGAUACAUUAUAAUAUAAGUUGUAAUCUAACAUGACACAUAUUUAAUAUUUAAAAUUUGUUGCGAAGAUUUGUUUUAAAGUGUCAUUAAAUGCAGCUAAUUUUUAUUUCACAUUGAAAUGAGUAAUAAUUCUUAACUUUUCGAAAUAAUUAAAUAAUUAUGAACUCUUUUAGUUAACGUUUUCUUGCCACGAUUUUAAUGAAAUUGACAUGUUUUAUAAUUCAUGCGACCUGAGAUCAUUAAAGUACAUGGACUUUUAUUAAUCAUAAAUGCUUUGAAGUGAAAAUGUAAAUGAAUUUAUAUAUGUAUAAAUAUAAUUGUAUAUUUAUGUAUGUAUAUGUGCUGGUUCUGUAAAGGAAAUCCUAGCUUAGGGCCAAAUGAUCGUUGGUGAUUUGUCCUGUAUUGUUUAAUGAUGGAUUAAGUUAGGCAAUUUAAAGGUGGGACCAUUUUAGAUUAAUAAUUUUUAAUUGUAUUGUUAUUUGUUAUUAAAGUGCCUUUAUAAAAGAAUAUAUUAUAAAUACGAAUUUAAAGCCAUAAAACCUUGCCAAAUACUGUGAUUGUAAAUAAGCGGUUUCAUAAAGCAAUUUUUAUAUACAUUUACUCAUUUAUUUUAAUAAGGUCAAGUUCAUAUUUUGCAUAUUAUACAUAUAUUGAAACCGUAUGAAGAAAUGUUCAAUAAAUGGA